UGAGCAGCAAAAAACAUGGAAGAAAGAAAACAAGUAAAGGACAAGAAUAAGAAUGAAGAACAGGCCGAGGAGGCGCUGCGAGCGGAGAUGGCGGCGCGGCUGAGCGUAGAGCAGCUCGAGGUGUCGCUCGACGGCCUCACGCUGAGCCCGGACUCGGAGGAGCGGCCAGGCGCGGAGGGUGCCCCGCUGCAGACGCCGCCGUCCUCGCCCCCCGGGAAUGGACUGGGCUCCGGCGCCGCGGGGCAGCCACCGCGGGAGCCCGGGGAGGCAGCGGCGGCGGAGGGCGCGGCCUAGGAGGCGCGGCGGAUGGAGCAGCACUGGGGCUUUGGCCUGGAGGAGCUUUACGGCCUGGCGCUGCGCUUCUACAAAAUAAAAGAUGGCAAAGCCUUUCAUCCAACUUAUGAAGAAAAACUGAAGUUCGUGGCACUGCAUAAGCAAGUUCUUUUGGGCCCAUAUAACUCAGACACUUCCCCUGAGGUUGGAUUCUUUGAUGUGUUGGGGAAUGAUAGGAGGAGAGAGUGGGCAGCUCUGGGAAACAUGUCCAAAGAGGAUGCCAUGGUAGAGUUUGUGAAGCUUCUAAAUAGGUGUUGUCCUCUCCUCUCAGCAUAUGUCGCAUCCCACAGAAUAGAGAAGGAAGAAGAAGAAAAGAGAAGAAAGGCGGAGGAGGAGGGAAGACAGCGUGAAGAGGAAGAGCGAGAGCGGCUACAAAAGGAAGAAGAGAAACGGAAACGAGAGGAGGAAGACAGGCUCAGACGGGAGGAAGAAGAGAGGCGGCGGAUAGAAGAAGAGAGGCUUCGGCUGGAACAGCAAAAGCAGCAGAUAAUGGCAGCUUUAAACUCGCAGACUGCUGUGCAAUUCCAGCAGUAUGCAGCCGAGCAGUAUCCAGGGAACUACGAACAACAGCAGAUUCUCAUCCGCCGGCUGCAGGAGCAGCACUAUCAGCAGUACAUGCAGCAGUUAUAUCAAGUCCAGCUUGCACAGCAACAGGCAGCAUUACAGAAGCAACAAGAAGUAUCGGUGGCUGGAGCAUCGCUGCCUGCAUCAUCAAAGGUGAACUCAGCUGGAACAAGUGACACACUGUCGGUUAACGGACAGGCCAAAACACACACUGAAAAUUCCGAAAAAGUCCUUGAG